AGCAUUGGUGCUUAAUACAUCUGAAAAUAUUURAAGCUUUUGGUUGUGCUGUUGGUGUGAUAUUCUGUAUUUAAAUCUGUGUACAGGYAAAAUUAUGAGUCCUCAGGUGAUGUUCCAUAAYGCAGCCUCMAACAUCAUCUGUAAGGUUCUGUUUGGGACCCGUUAUGACUGUACGACUCUGUUCCGUUUGUUUCCUACCUGCCACUGCCCUUCAACAAGGCCUUUAAAAACAUGGAGAUGUUUCUAAACUUUUCAAAUGGUUUGGUGAAUGAGCACAAGAGGACCAGGACCCCUGGAGAACCUCGAGACUUUGUGGACUGCUACCUGGAUGAACUGGAUAAACAGAAAGAAGAUUCUUCAUUUUCUGAGGAACAGCUCAGAAGGAUCACUUUUGAUCUUUAUCUUGCUGGAACUGACACCACCUCCAACACCCUCCUGACUGGGUUUCUGUACCUCAUGGUCUAUCCUCAGGUCCAAGAUCAAUGUCAGCAAGAGAUCGAUCGGGUUCUGGAUGGGAGGGAUCGGGUCAGUUUUGAGGACAGACACAACAUGCCUUACAUGCAGGCUGUGAUCCAUGAAGUCCAGAGGGUUGCCAACACUGUUCCUCUCAGUAUCUUCCACUGCUCCACCAAAGACACAGAGCUGAUGGGAUAUGACAUUCCCAAGGGAACAUUAAUCAUCCAGAACCUGACCUCAGUGCUGAAUGAAGAGGGUCAGUGGAAGUUCCCUCACAAGUUCAAUCCUGAGAACUUCCUGAAUGAGCAGGGACAGUUUGUCAAACCAGAGGCCUUCAUGCCUUUCUCUGCAGGUCCUCGGAUGUGUCUGGGAGAGGGUCUGGCUCGUAUGGAGCUGUUCCUCAUGACGGUGACCCUGCUGAGGAAGUUUAAGUUCGUCUGGCCGGAGGAUGCAGGAGAACCAGUCUUCUCUCUGGUUUUUGGGGCAACGUUGUCUCCAAAAUCUUACAAGAUGAAGGUCCAGCUGAGGUCUGAACAGUGAGGAGGUGCAGACGCUCUGCAGAAACUGAUGAAAGAACUGAUCACUUAAAUAAUAAUCUGGUCAUUGUCAAAUCUUUUGGACACAAUUGUAUCCUUGGUGGAUUUCAAUUGUUAACUUAGAAGCUUGAAAUCUAAACUUUUUCCAAAUAUAUUUCAACUCCAAAGAU